GACUAGUUAAGCCUCAAACACGCAUGUAAACUGACUGUUUUUAAAUCUUGCAUCUUAAAAAAACACACACCCAUCUUCCCCGCUCGGCUGCGUGCGGGCCGGGCCUUCUUGUGCUGAAUAAAACAUCAAUCUGGGGGAAAUAUGAGUAAAAAUAGUCAUGCAAUAUCCGAGACUAUGGAGAGAAAAAGAAAUACGAUUUCAAUAAGAAUGGAACUGUGUGCUCCUUUCACUCUCAUUUAACGGCUCUUCUGUGGCACACUUGAUGGAAAUGGGAACGGCUCCUGACUGUGAUGUGCUUCCCACAAGCCAGCCGAGAAAUAAUAAUCCUUUGCGUGUGUGUGUUUUACCAGCAAGCAAGCAGAAAGGAAGCUGCAUGACAAUAUGCUUAUGGCUGAUAUUUAUAGUAAGUGUGUGUCAGCUCAUUGGGCACAGAGAGGCAAGAAAAGCCAAUGCAAUAUUUAAGCAAGUGAGGACAGAGGGAAUACUGUAGCGGUGGGCGCCAUCGAUCCACGGGUCAUUGUAAUUCACCGUUCGUCCUUGUGUGAACAAAAAAUGAAGUGUGUGAAUCUGGGUUUGCUGAGGCGGGAACUUGUUUACGAGUAAUAAGACUCUACACUUGUUUUAGUUGUAUUUUAUACAAUCUACUGUGAUAUUCAUUUUUCCAGAUGGAAAAAAAAGAAAGACAUUUAUUUGAGGGUGGUAUCUAUUUGUCAAAUUAAAUGGACAUCACACAUCUUGAUUAUAACCAAGUCAUUCAAGUUCACACAUCCACGCAAUUAUUUGCACAUAAAACAAAUGAAGCAGUGUUAUUGUGAUCAGUCACGCGGUCUUUAAGAGAAAGAGAGGCAUCCAUUAAAUGUUGAGUGGCAUUUAUUUAUGGUUGCUGUCCCCAGUGCUGCUCUCACUGUUGCUGCAUUUCUGCUGAGUAAGUGUCCCUUCAACAAAUACUCCCAAGUCAGUUCAGUCCAAGCUGCAAUGCAGCACUCAGCAAUGACUCAGUGUUAUGUCUGCAGAAAAACACACACAAAAAGUAAUCAUUCCCCAAAUUAUCAUUUUGUUUUGCACAAGAACCUCACAAAUGCCAGAUGUGAAUGUAUAUAAAUGAACAAUAUGUGUAUGAUUGUGGCUGUGGGGAAAAAAAGUGAGAGGGGACGGGUCUGUGCAUAGAUUGGAAGGAGUACUACUGCCCUCUAGUGGAGUGGAGACAGCAGCAGGCAAGUGAACGUUGAAGUUGAAUGCGUCGUUGCUGCCGUCAAACGACUUUGCAAGCUGUGGUAAAAUCGGCAGACACGCUGCCAAAUAUUAAAUUCGACGGUUUUUUAUGUGGCGCAGUAAAAAUCUGAUAUUAUUGCAGCUGUGGUCAGAAAUGUUUGGACAUUGGCUGGCAGCAAAGAGCUCAACUAUGGGAAAACGUCUGACGUAACUUGUGUGGCAAUCAUCACGCACGCACGGAGCUGUUUACAUUUGGUUACCGUCUUCUCAUUUUUUUUUCACCGGCAGUGGAGUGGAAACAUUCACACAAUGGAUGUUGCAAAUGUGCUUGGACGUGGAUGCGGUAAGCGGAUUCAACAUUUAACAGCCGAGGAGGUCGAGAGGCUGGCCGUGAUGCGAUCCGAGACGUUGGUUUCCGGCGCCCACACGCCGCCCAUCCGAUGUCGGAGCAGGCUGGCCACGCUGGGCCGCCUCCUCAAACCCUGGAAAUGGAGGAAGAAGAAGAGCGACAAGUUCAAGCAGACUUCGGCCGCACUGGAGAGGAAGAUGUCCAUGCGCCAGACUCGAGAUGAGCUGAUCAAGAGGGGAGUGCUGAAGGAGAUCUUUGAAAAAGCAACAGGUGAAUUUCGCUCCUCCAUGGACGGCGGAGUCUGCGCUCAGGAGCCCCCCAUCAAGUCGUCCAUGCUCCUAGCCCCCAAGAAGUCUGUCAGCUACGCAGGCGACCUUCAGGACAACCCCGCCAAGCCGCCGCUGUACCACAAACAGCCGCCGGCUCUCCCUCCCAAGCCUUUUGCUCGCAUCCCAAACCAUUGCACAGAUUCUUGCCAGCCAAUGAAGUUGCCCUGCAUGCCCGGGGCAAAGCACUCGCCGCCCCUCCCGCCCAAAAAAGUCAUGAUUUGCGUGCCUCUGGGGGGACUGGACUGCGCCACGUCCCCGUCUCCCUCCCCCAACCCCCUCGGCGCUGUGUCCCAAAAGUGCGGCCUAGCCCAGGUGAUGCCGGGCCACCACGGCAGCCUGCUGCCCUCUCAGUUGGCCGCGCUGUCGGCUCUCCACCAGAACCACGGUCAUCCUCUGCAGCUACAGUACGGCAGCUUGCACGGGCCGAGCCGCAUCAUCGAGGAGCUCAACAAAACGCUGGCGCUGUCCAUGCAGAGGUUUGAGAGCUCUUUGCUACACGUCAGCAGUCAGUGCGCUCCUCAGGACAGACGGGAAGUGCCGUCGGUCAUCGUUGACUACGAAGACGACAAGGAAAACAUGCCCAGCGAGUCCGACUAUGAAGAUCUGCCGAGCAUGUACAAGGAUGAGGAUGACGUGGAUGACGAUGACUACGAUGAGGACGACGACUCCAUAUUUACAAGCACGCUGGCUCAGAAAGUACUCCGCAAAGACUCGCUGGCUAUCAAGCUGAGCAACCGUCCGUCCAAGAGGGAGCUGGAGGAGAAGAACAUUCUGCCAGUGCAGACGGAUGAGGAGCGGCUGGAGUCCAGGCAGCAGAUUGGCACCAAACUCACGAGGCGCUUGAGUCAGAGACCGACGGCAGAAGAGCUGGAGCAGAGGAAUAUCCUCAAACCACGCAACGAGCAGGAGGAAAUCGAGGAGAAGCGGGAGAUCAAGCGACGGCUGACUCGCAAGCUGAGCCAGAGGCCCACCGUGGAGGAGCUCAGACUGGCCAAAAUCCUCAUCCGAUUCAGCGACUACGUGGAGGUCUCAGACGCCCAGGACUACGACCGACGGGCGGAUAAGCCCUGGACCCGACUCACCGCGGCUGACAAGGCAGCUAUACGAAAAGAGCUCAACGACUUCAAGAGCAACGAGAUGGAAGUGCACGAGUCGAGUCGUCAUUUAACCAGGUUUCACCGACCAUAGUUGACCAUCGCUGCGUCAAGCGGUGCUGCAGGGGUAGAACCUUAAGUGCUGGACAGUCAAACGGUGCCCGUUUUCUUUGAUAAGGUCAAUGCCUUUUUGCCCCCCCCCCCCCCCCUUCUAGACAACCCCGUCGGUACGACACCCACCAACCAGUUAAGCCACCACCCGCUGUAGUAGCACGUCCCGUCACUUCAGCCAACCCGUUUUGUGGAAUUAGCUCACUGAAACGUCGCCACGCUGAGCUCUCAGGUAGGCGCUCAGCUGUCCGUUUACUGGCUGGAGACAGAACAUCCCCCCCCCCCCACCAUGCUCCUGAACUGUGCAGGAGGAUGCAGCGUUACCACAAGGGGGGGGCCAUCCAUCUUCCACCGCAUUGGCGGGGAGAACGUCAUGUCACUAUGUGCAAUACAGUAUUUGAUUUGGUUGCAACGCUAUAGCGCCCUCUACAGUUCUGUCCUUCCCAUGUCCUGUACUGUACCGACAAUGUUGUCAUCCAAAUCGCUAACUGUGAAUCCGGGGGGGGCGGGUUGCUCUCUCCAAAUGUACAUUUUGUUUAUAUUGAUCAAGUCACAAAUUAUAUUUCAUUCACUCGUGUCAGAAAUGUGUACAUUUUAUGUAAAAAAAAAAAAAAAAAAAAUGCAUCUGACCGAUGUGCAUAUGUUUUAUAUUUCAUUUUUUAAAAUAUUUUUGGGGGGAGAUCGAGGCUUAAAUGUAGAUGUCGCUGGUCUUUGGGUGGAAGUAUUUUGAAAUAAUACCAAGAGCAAGACUAAUUGCAGUGUUCUUUGUCUUUUUUUUUUUUUUAUUAGUAUUUAUCCCUCAUAACCUGCAUUGUAUGCUUUCUUUUUACAAGUUGAACAAUAUGCCACUGUCUUUUUUUUUUUUUUUUUUAAACAGUGCUUAUGCAGUUUAUGCAUUAUUAUUUUCUACAGCAUUGUGCCAGGAUGAAGUUUCCUGCUGUCAUCUCCACUGAGCCAAUUCGAUAUCUGCCUCUGUACAAAUUGAACAUAGCCACAAUUCUGGACAAUAAGUGCAUUUUAAUGGACUGAUUUUUAAACUUCCUCAUUCAAGUCAUUUGCACUGCCACUAAAGCUUUGUGGGCACUCCAUGUUUUUUUUUCUGUAAUACAUUGAAUUAAGAUGUGAAUUGUAUGUCAGGUUUGGGAAAUAUAGUAUGUCUUCUCCCUUGGAGAUUAAUUUCAAGCUGUGUGGUUUGCAUGGGUGUUGUAUUCAUUUGGAGCACAGGUCAGUUCACUUUGUAAAAAAGUUUUGCCGGUCUACUAGCCUCACUAAUAUUCAAAACAAAAAAAGGAAGGAAAAUGCACUCCGCAAUAACUUUUUCCUUCUCAUAUGGAAAUUGGACACCCUCAAUACAUUUCAAAGUGUUAUUCCACUCCCUCACCCUCGGCCAACCCUUUUGGAAUACAGAAUGCCAUGUAAAAGAUACGUAUUGCAAAUUAAAAUCCCAUUUCUG